AUGCCAGCGGGUGGGACUCAGGAGUCCGGCUGGCUCAACAGCUCCAGGAACAGCUCCCUCCCAGACGCCUGGGACCUGAGCGAUGAAGGCGCGCUACCGGCUGACGGCAUCUGGGCCCUGCGGCUGCUGGUCUCUGGGGUGUACUCGGCCGUGUGCGGUGCGGGGCUGCUGGGCAAUGGGCUGGUGCUCUACCUGCUGCAGGCGCGCCAGGCCCGGCCGGGUCCUGCCAUCGACGUCUUCGUCUUCAGCCUGGCGCUGGCCGACUUCCACUUUGCCCUGACGCUGCCUUUCUGGGCCGUGGAGACGGCGCUGGACUUCCGGUGGCCUUUCGGCCCGGCCAUGUGCAAGCUGGUUCUCACCCUCACCAUUCUCAGCGUCUACGCCAACGCCUUCCUCCUCACCACCAUGAGCAUAGCCCGCUACUGCUCUGUGGCCUCGGCCAUCAGGCCUGGCCACAAGCUGACGCCCGCUGCGGCCCGCUGGAUCUCUGCCUGCCUGUGGCUGGCUGCCGCGGUGGCCACUGCACCCACCACGGUUUUCGCCACAGUGGCAGAGGUGGCCGGAGAGCGGCUCUGCUUGCUCAAGUUCCCCAGCCCGCGCUGGUUGGGUCUCUACCACCUCCAGAAGGUGCUCCUGGCCUUCGCCGGGCCGCUGACUGCCAUCUCUGUCUCCUACCUGCUGCUCCUUGGCUUCCUCCGGCGGCACCGUGUCGGUGCCCGGGCUCACUGUGGGCACCGGGACCGCGUGGCCGCUUCGGUGCGGCUGAUGGUGGCUGCCUUCUUCGUGUGCUGGUUCCCCAACCAGGCCGUGACCUUCUGGGGGGCGCUGGUCAAGCUGCGGGCUGUGCCAUGGAACAGCAGCUUCUACGUGCUGCACACCUACGUCUUCCCCCUCACCACGUGCCUGGCACACAGCAGCAGCUGCCUCAACCCCGUGCUCUACUGCCUCAUGCGCCGGGAAUUUCGGCGGGCGCUGAAGGAGGUCAGCGGAAAGCUGCUGGCCAUGCCCGCCUGCCUCUGUUGCCCACAGGAGGAGCAGCCGCCAGUCGCCGUGCUCCUGAGCCCACGGGACAGCCCCAGUGGCGCCGUGCUAGGGGCCGAGAAGGGGUACACCUUGAUGUCCACCAGCACCACUGCCCUGGAUCCCAGAGCCAGGGACAAUGCCCAGCCUGGGGAGGCAGGGAUGGGAGCCGCUGAGUGA